AGAAUGUGGUUCUGUGGUGAGUGACCACUCACACCACCAACAACAACUUGGUCAGUGGGAGGAUCAUUUUAUUUGAUCCUUCGUUGAGAAGCUUAAAUCAGCUUUACGUGAAAAUUGUCAUGUUGAGGAGAAAGUAAAAAAUGGCUUCCAUUGAUGAAGAAAGGUCACUUCUUGAAGUUGAAGAAUCUCUUAUACAGGAAGAAGUAAAAUUAUAUGCUGAAGAUGGUUCAAUAGAUAUUCAUGGAAACCCACCAUUGAAGCAGACAACAGGAAACUGGAAAGCUUGUCCAUUCAUUUUUGCAAACGAAUGCUGCGAACGGUUGGCUUAUUAUGGAAUUGCCAAGAAUCUCAUCACGUACUUCACAAAUGAAUUGCAUGAGACUAAUGUUUCUGCUGCUAGACACGUCAUGACAUGGCAAGGAACAUGUUACAUCACUCCUCUUAUUGGAGCUUUAAUAGCUGAUGCUUACUGGGGAAGAUAUUGGACUAUUGCUUGUUUCUCUGCCAUUUAUUUCACCGGAAUGGUUGCAUUGACACUCUCAGCUUCAGUUCCGGGUCUUAAGCCAGCGGAAUGCAUUGGCUCUCUAUGUCCACCAGCAACAAUGGUUCAGUCUACGGUUUUAUUUUCAGGGCUUUACCUUAUCGCUCUUGGCACUGGAGGAAUCAAACCAUGUGUCUCAUCCUUUGGUGCUGAUCAGUUUGAUAAGACCGAUCCAAGCGAACGAGUCAGAAAAGCUUCUUUCUUUAACUGGUUUUACUUCACUAUCAACAUUGGUGCUUUUGUUUCAUCUACUGUUCUAGUUUGGAUUCAAGAGAAUUAUGGAUGGGAAUUAGGAUUCUUGAUACCUACCGUGUUCAUGGGACUUGCUACUAUGAGUUUCUUCUUUGGCACGCCGCUUUAUAGAUUUCAGAAACCGAGAGGUAGCCCGAUUACUAGCGUCUGCCAAGUUCUUGUAGCCGCAUACCGUAAAUCGAAUCUCAAGGUCCCUGAAGACUCCACGGACGAAGGAGAUGCAAACACUAACCCGUGGAAGCUAUGUACCGUGACUCAAGUCGAAGAAGUUAAGAUUCUGUUACGUUUGGUCCCCAUUUGGGCCUCAGGAAUCAUCUUCUCAGUUCUCCAUUCACAGAUUUACACUCUCUUUGUUCAACAAGGACGGUGCAUGAAACGAACCAUCGGCUUAUUCGAAAUCCCUCCCGCAACUCUCGGGAUGUUCGACACUGCAAGUGUUCUCAUAUCUGUCCCAAUCUAUGACCGCGUCAUCGUUCCCUUAGUGAGACGGUUCACAGGCUUAGCUAAAGGAUUCACCGAGCUACAAAGAAUGGGGAUUGGUCUUUUUGUCUCUGUUUUGAGCUUGACAUUUGCAGCUAUCGUUGAGACGGUUCGGUUACAGUUAGCUAGAGAUCUUGAUCUAGUGGAAAGUGGAGACAUUGUUCCAUUAAACAUCUUUUGGCAAAUCCCUCAGUACUUUUUAAUGGGCACUGCUGGAGUUUUCUUCUUUGUUGGGAGGAUUGAGUUUUUCUAUGAGCAAUCUCCAGAUUCAAUGAGAAGCUUGUGUAGUGCUUGGGCUCUUCUCACUACUACACUAGGAAACUACUUGAGCUCGUUGAUCAUUACCCUUGUGGCGUAUUUGAGCGGAAAAGAUUGUUGGAUUCCUUCAGACAACAUUAACAAUGGACAUCUUGAUUACUUCUUCUGGCUUUUGGUCAGUCUUGGAUCUGUUAACAUACCUGUUUUUGUCUUCUUCUCUGUGAAAUAUACUCAUAUGAAGGUUUGAUCUCUUCUUCUGGCUCUUGUGUGUACUUUCAAAAUUGUUUUUUUUUAAACCAGC